CUGGAAUGCUGGGAAUCCCGGGAAUAAAAGAAUCGGAGAGUCGACUCCCAGCCCGACUCUGAGCUAACAGCAGCAGGGUUAGCAUAGCUGGAGUAAAACUCGGUAAAAACAAAGAACUGCAGCUGAGAGAAGUUGGUGAACUCAGUUAGCCUGCGCUAGUAGCUGCAGUUUAUCAGGAGAGCAGUCUGGAGAGAAAUAGUAUAUGUGCUGCUUAUUAUCAUAAGAAACUCAUCAGCUCUCCUUCAAUCUGUUCUGAUUUUCAGUGAGGGUGAUUGUAUUGUAAACAUGGGUAAAUCAGGAGUUUUCUGCUGCUCUGAUUGCGGGAAGAGCUUCACCCGACAGUGUCACCUCGACAGACACCGGCGGAUUCACACCGGAGAGAAGCCGUUCGACUGCUCGUACUGUGGGAUGAGUUUUACUGAAAACGGCGCAUUAAAAACCCACCAGCGUGUUCACACCGGCGAGAAACCGUUUCACUGCUCCGACUGCGGCAAGAGCUUCAGUCAGGUCAAUAACCUGUACCGACACCAGCGCGUUCACACUGACGAGAAACCGUUUCACUGCUCCGACUGCGGCAAGAGCUUCAACCAGCUCAACCACCUCCAGAGACACCAGCUCAUCCACACAGGCCGGAAACCGUAUUACUGCUCCGAGUGCGGGAGUAUUUUUACUUUACUGACUCAUCUGAAAAGACACCAGCUCAUUCACACCGGAGAGAAACCGUUUCACUGCUCCGAAUGCCCGAAGACCUUCAGACACAGAACUAGUCUACAAGCACACCGAGAAAAACACACUGCGGGGAAACUCUAUCACUGAAAACACACCUAUACGGUCCUUUAAGGAAAUUUCAAAUUCAGUAAAUACUAGUGCAUCAAAAAAAAAAUGAAUAUCAUUGAAAAAUUACUUUAUUUCAGUAAAUCAGUCAAUUCAAAAUUCAUGUGAAACCCAUAUCAUAUAUUAUAUAGAUAUAUUAAACGCACAAAGUGAUCUAUUUUAAGCAUUUAUUUCUCUUAUUGUUUAUUGUUGAUUAUGAAGCUUACAGCCAAUUAAAACCCAAAAAUCAGUGUCUCAAAUCAGAAAUUAGAAUAUUAUAUAAUAAGACUAUUUGGUACUUUUGGUUCUCAGUGUGGGCAAAGUGACAAGUCCUGCUGGAAAAUGAAAUCCACAACUCCAUAGAAUUUUUUUCAGCAGAGGGAAGCAUGAAGUGCUGUAACUGCACUGACUUUAGACUUGAUAAUAAAACACACCUCAAUUACAAACAUCAAUUACAACUUUUAUGGAGAUGCAGAUUUCAUUUUCCAGCAGGAAAGUAACUUUGCCAAAAAAAUUUGCCAAAAGUAACAAUUGGUCUUAUAUAUAAUAUUCCAGUUUUCUAAAAUACUGAUUUUUGGGUUUUCAUUGACCGUGAGCCACAAGAAAUAAAAGCUUAAAAUAGAUCACUCUGUGUUUAAUACAUUUAUAUAACUGAAUUCCGAGAAAUCUACGUCUGAAACUCUUGGAGAAAGCCAGUGAAGAUGGUGUCAGGAAACACUUCCUCAGUUUGAGAGGAAGAAACUCUGAGAGGAAACAGGAGAAGGGGAAACAUCCUGUGUGGAGUAGAAACCAACAUGAGCAGACUAACCCAGAGAAAUAUUUUUUUAAGAGAUUGAAUAAAAGAACCACAGUUUAGGGAAACUUGGCAAAAAUCAGUUUUAUAACUUGAUAAAACUGAAAAUAAGCCUUUAAAGGAAAAGUUUCUAAAGGAAAGUAAAUCUAGUGGAUGAUCACUGGUUAAGUGUUGGGUUCCUUUAUUGGAAGAUUCCAAGUUUGGUUAAUGGCCACUGUGUAUUAGUGUUCUACUCUGAGCGUGAUGAGCUUUAAUACUUUUUAUUUUUUAUAUAGAAAUAUUUUUGUGUAUAUUUAGGACUCGGGACCUGUGGUCAUAUACCAUAGCAUAGACUUCUACUAAUUUACCAGUGACUGCCUAUAAACUUUUUUUUAUAUAUAAUUAUUAUUUGUAUGAUUUCUUACUUCAUCAUGAAUAAACCAAAUGUUGGAAA